AUGGCGCCCAUCCGCACAGCCAUUAUCGGCCUCUCCAGCACCGCAACCACAUCCUGGGCCAGCGCCGCCCAUCUGCCCUAUCUUCUCUCCCCCCGCGGUCGUGCAAAGUAUCAGAUCGUGGCCCUGUGCAACAGCAGCGUCGAGUCGGCGAAGCGCGCCAUUGAAGUCUUCAAGCUGCCCCCCGAGACAAAGGCCUACGGCAACCCCCAGGACGUUGCCGACGACGAGGACAUUGACCUCGUGGUUGUAAGCACUCGCGUCGACGUCCACUACGAAACUGCCCUGCCGAGCGUCAAGGCUGGCAAGCACGUCUUUGUAGAGUGGCCGCUGGCUCACGAUGUAGCCCAUGCAAAGGAGCUCGUCGACGCGGCUCGAGUUGCGGGUGGACGGACGCUGGUUGGCAACCAAGGGCGCGAGGCUCCUCCCGUUGUCAAGGUCAGGCAGCUGCUUGAGCAGGGGAGCAUUGGCAAGAUCCUCAGCAGCGAGGUCAGGGCCUUUGGCGGAUCCGUUGACCGAGAGGCUUUGCUGUCAGGGCUCAAGUACUUUACUGACAGGGCUGUUGGUGGCAAUAUUGUAACGAUUGGAGUUGGGCAUUUGUUUGACCAAGUUCAGUAUGUCAUCGGGGACUUUCAAAACAUCCAAUCACACCUCCAGCUCCAGCGCCCCAACGUCCUCCUCCGCGACCCUUCCACCAAAAAGGUGGUCGAAACAGUAAAGUCCAACGUCCCCGAUCUCAUCAUCAUCGACGGCACCCUCGCCGCAUCGCAAAUCGCCACCGAGGGAGCCAAUGUGCUCUUCCGUUUCCGUCGAGGCCAGCAAUUCCCCGACGACCCUGCCCUCUCAUGGACAAUUAAUGGUGAAAAGGGCGAGAUUCGACUCCAGGCGUUUGGCGGAUCCUCUCUGCACGCCAGUUCGUACGGCGCUCCCGUCACCAUUGAGGUUCACGAUUUUGCAUCGGACCAGGUGCAGAAGGGCGAAUGGAGCUGGCAGAGCUGGCAAGAGGAGCUGGCGAUUGUGGGGAGAAGCGUUGGUGUUCUUUAUGACAAGUUUGCGGACGGUGAGUUUGAGGGAGCGCCUUCGUUUGAGACGGCUUUGGUUCGCCACGAGCAACUAGCGACUGUUCUUGCUGGGUGGGAUGAGAAGUGA